CCCACCGCAUUGACGUUCCGCCAGCUCCGUAAGCUCUACUGUUUGUUAACGCGAUCGCUUCACGUUUUCUUCGUGCGUCGAAAAAGUUGGAAAAAAGUGCAAUACCACGCUUGUACUUCCGCGUAGAGUAUCCCGGGCGCUCCCUGUUUGCAUCCCUUUCGCAAUGGCUAAACGCGGCCCGCAGUCGUCGUUAAACCAUCUGAACUGGAACGAAACCGACGAGCCGGAAGAGAAGGGCGAGUUUGCAAAGGCCAGCGACGACGUUUUAAAACAGCGAGUUAUCAAAAAAGCUCGGCGCCGGGUGGCAACGGACGCCGCCGACAGUACCGCACCGGGAGCAGCAGCAUCAGCAGCAUCCACGUCCGUGUUUGGCUCAUUCAAAGGAUUCGCCUCGACACCGCUGGCGAAGGGUGGUGCGGAUAAGCCGGAUGGUGCGCCCACCUUUUCCUUUCUGUCAACGCUCGGUGCUGCUGCCGGCGCCAAAACGAACGGCAACGGUACCGCCACCGUAUCAUCGAGCGGGACAGACAGCGGUGUGGCCGGUUCGGCGAAGCCCAUGUUUUCGUUCGGCACCAAUCAGGGCACAAUCGGCGACGCGGAUGCAAGCAAAAAGAUGUUCACCUUUGGUACACCGAACGCACUGAAAGCGGACAGUACGGAGGGUGCGAAAAAUGCGUCCUCCACAUCGGCCGGGUUUGGUAUAUCAUCCUCAAAGGACGGUGACAAGGAAGGUGCGGGCAAAGGAUUGUUUAGCUUUGGUGGGCCAACGGCAGCCAAUCCGACGAGUGGCGGUCCGACACCAACCUUCUCCUUCGGUACGGUACCGCCCAAACCGACGGAUGCAUCCAAGCCGGACAAGAACUUCACGUUCGGGUUUGCUGGUGGCAACAAAGAUAAGGGUGCGGACACGACACCAAAAGCGACAUUUUCGUUCGGUUCCAUCGCAGCCAAGCAAGACGCCGGGGAGGCGGAAAAGAAGCCAAUCGCGUUCGGGUCUCCGAUCGGCUCGAAAGAUUCUUCCCUGAGUGCAGCUUCCUCGACGGGUAUGUUUAACUUCGGAUCGAACGCCGCCAAAAAAUCCGACACGAACGAUGCGGAAAAGAAGACAUUCGGCAUAGGUAGCUCACCGGCCGCUCCCAAAAGCACAUUCGCAUUCGGUUCUCCUGCGACAAAAACAGACUCAGCCGAAACGGAGAGGAAAGGGUUUACGUUCGGCAGCUCACCGGCCGCAUCGAAAGAACCCGCUGCAGCUACUAAAGGAAUCUUUGCGUUCGGUUCUCCGGCAGCUAAAUCGGCACCGGCCGACACACCCGGCAAAGCAACCGUCACAUUCGGUUCCCCGGCUGGUGGGAAAGACACUGCAACCACCACACCAAAGGGCACCUUUUCGUUCGGAUCGGUGACACCUAAAGCGAACGCGGACGAGGGCUCCGACAAGAAGGCUACAUUUUCGUUCGGAUCGGUUGCAUCUUCCGGUACGCAAAGCUCACCGAAGACUACAUUCUCCUUUGGCUCACUGCAACCGAACAAAAGCGACGCGGUCGGUUUCGGGGCACCAUCAUCCCCCAGCAAGAAACCGUCCGAACCUGAGAAGAAAACGUUUUCCUUUGGCAUUCCUCCCGCCGCAAACGUAACGGCGGACAAAAGCAAGGCCACAUUCGGCACGCCGAAGGAAAACAGUGAAGACACGAUAAAGAAAAUGUUUAGCUUUGCCCCAUCGGCCACCACGGCACCGAAGGUGGCCGAUUCCGGUAAGAAGGAAGAGGAAAAGAAAUCAGUUUCAUUCCCACUCGCAACCACCACCACCAAGCCGGUGUCGGCCCCAUCCGCUGCAACCCCCGGCACACAGUCCGCAAACAUGAAAGCGAACGUAAUUGCGCUAAACCACGCGUUCGUCGCGUGGAUUACGCAGAAAUGCAAGGAAAAUGCGUACUGCAACUUUAGCCCGGUGUUUAAAAGUUAUGAAAAAUAUUUCGCAAAAUUUAAAGAAAUGGAACAGAACGGUACGGAGAAAAGCUUGACCAACAGUAGCAGCAGCAGCAGCAGCAGCAGCACGGAAGCUACCUCGAAACUAACGUCUACGUCUUCCGCCUCCCAACCAUCGAAGGUGGAUUUCCCGACCGGUCCCGCAGCAAAGCCGGUGGAACCGAAACCGAUCGAACCGGUUACGAAGGAACCCGAAAAGGCAAAGGAAAAGACAGGCUUUUUCUUCGGCACGUCAGCACCGAAAGAAUCGCUCGCAGCGAAAACACUUGCAACACCGGCACCACCGGCAGCGGCAGGUGGUUUCACGUUUGGUUCCGGCAAACCACUUACUUUCGGUGGAUUUUCGAGCACGGCCGCGGCCAGCACUGCAACCACCAACAGCAGCUCAUCCACGGUGUCCACCACCUCGCCAUCGUUCUUUGCCGGUGCGUCCACAUUCGCUAGCAAAGCGAUAACACCGGGCGGAUUUACGUUCGGCAGCGGUGUAGUUAAGCCACCGGUUCCGGAUAGCAGUGCGGCCGCGAAUAAAGACGCCGCCGAGGAAGGAGACGCCGAUGAGGACGAACCACCGAAGGUGGAGUUCACACCGGUCGUGGAAAAGGACAGUCUGUACUCGAAGCGCUGCAAGAUGUACUUUAAGGUGGAUGGCUCGUUCUCGGACCGUGGCGUUGGUACGCUGCACGUGAAGAAGGUAGAGUCGAAGGUGCAGCUGCUGGUGCGUGCCGAUACGAGCCUCGGCAACAUUAUGCUCAACAUCAUCCUGAACGAAUCGGUACCGCUGCAGCGCGUGGGCAAGAACAACGUAAUGCUGAUCUGUCUACCGACGCCGGACGCGAAACCACCGCCGAAGUCGGUACUGCUGCGCGUAAAGACAGGCGAAGAGGCGGACGAACUGAUGGCAACUCUAUUGAAAUUCAAACCGAAGUAGAGCGUAGCGAGCUUGUUCGCAGGGCAGGAAAUCGAAAAUCGACACGCGCACGGAGCUCAUGUGUUAGCUAAAUCAUAUUACAUACAAUUAAACCACACACACACACACACUAUUAAGACGGAAAUGUACAGUAAACCUGGCAUUGGUUUGUUUGGCGGAAUCCUUGAAGCGAGGAAUCCUACUUCUCCUCGCCGGACAGCAACGGAUACGCGGGAUUGUUUAUUUCUUCUUCGUUCCUCCCAUCCCCAGUACUCGAGCGUCACAGAUUGCUUAGGGCCAACAGAUAGACAGACAGACGGACAACGGCUAUGGAGCCGUAACUAUGAGAAGAAGCAUCGUUUAGGUUACAGAGGUUUAGAAGGCAGAAACAAAUUCAAAUCGUAAAUGAUUUAUUGUUUUUUUUUUUUAAUAAACAAUCGGUAUGUUGGCGACUUG